AUGGACGAUAGACUGCCUGCAAUCGGUGCGAGCCAUGCGAUUGCUGAUCAUGAGCUGAAAGUCAUUGCUCUUCUUAGGAAAAAGACCAGAUGCUCGGGCGAGAAGCCCGUGUGCGCCUUCUGCCGCCGUCUCAAUCAACGCUGUACCUGGGACGGCGAGGAAGGAGAAUCGCCUGAAUUGCUCGAUGACACCCGUGGACCACCUGCAUCAGCAUCAGCGGCAGCUGCUGCUUCACAGAAUGCGGCCCUUGCGGCGAGGGUCGCUCUCCUCGAGUCCCGAUUGAGUUUCUUGGACGCAGAUAAUGCCUUCAAUCUGAUCUCCUCCUUGUCUGGCACCCGCAAUCCAACACCGCCGACCACGAGCCAGCGCUUCAGCCAACAGCCUGCUCUCGACGAUACAGUCAAUACGCCGAACGAUGACUUCUCCUCUAUCCCGGACCACCAAAUGUUUCGGGGGUUGAUAGACGUAUACUUUGAACGAUGCCAUAAUCAGCCUUACGCCUAUUUCCAUGAAGACAUGUUCCGCCAGGACUAUGAGGCAGGUCUGCUGCCCGAGUAUUUACUGUAUGCAUUCGGCGCCACAGCCUGUCGUUUCUCCGAUCAUCCCUUCUAUCGAGAGCGACGUUCGGAAGCGAUUGAAGCAUAUGCGCAGGCAUCAUUUGGCCAGAUAUUCGAACAUUACUUCUCGGACGCAGAAAUCCUGGAGGUGUACAUGGUGAUAGCCCUCGCCAUGCUGGCCGUGGUUGAAUUUUCAGCCGGGCGUCCCAAGAUUGGCUGGGUGAAGCUAGCUUUGUCGUGCCGCUUUGCUCAAGCACUGCGGCUGAACGAAGAACCUGACCCUCAGCUUCCACUUCACGAACAGGAAGGCCGGCGCCGAAUAUUCUGGUCGGUCUAUCUCCUAGAUAUACUCAUGUCGGUCGGUCCCAAUCGACCUCCAAGCCUCCUUGACGAGGACUGCACAGUCCACCUGCCGUGCCAUGAAGACCUGUUCAGGGAGGGGCUGCCCGGUGGUCUGGUGCCGACCUUGACAGAGGUGACUGAAUAUCCGUCCGUUGACCGCCAAAACCUCGACUCUUUUGCAAUGACGAUAGUCAUGGCAUCCGCUCUAGGUCGCUUCAUACGAUUCAGCCUAAAGCGUACUUUGAACAAGUCACAAGUAGUGUGGAACCCACGGUCGAAGUAUUAUGAGGUCCAUAGCAUCCUGCUAUUCUACGAAAGCCAAUCUCGGUACACUUUUACUCCAGUCGCUGAAGCAAUCCGACAACGAACGACGUUCAAUGGAUUGGUAGCGCCCUCACAGAUCAGCCACAUCGUUUUCGCUCACGCUCUCUACCAUCUCAAUCAGACUCUCCUGAAUCAUCCGUUCAUUCUGUACCGAUUCUUCCACUCGUAUACAGCACCGAUUCCUUUGAGCUUUGCAGAGGAGGCACUUCAGCGAUGCCGCAAGCAUGCAACAAGUCUGCUUGAGCUGCUCACCGAUCUGGAGCAAUACGGACCCUUCAGUCACCCCAGCUUCUACGGCUAUUGCGCAAUGGCUGCCGGAUUGAUCCAUCGUCUCUAUGAGAAAAGCGAGGACCCUCAUAUUGCGGAGACGUCGCGCCGACAUGUUCGUAAGGCUCUGAACUUCCUGCAGCGGGAGCCGGUGCGGUGGAGCCACGUUGGACACAUGGGGACCCUUCUUCGGACUUUCGAGUUGGAUCCAAACCUCGCGACGGUACUCACAGACGCCGUGAGCCUUGCACAGAAGGUCGACGUACCACAUGGAGCAAUCUUAUGGCAACUUCUCGACUACGCGUGGUUACCUCAAUCCAAAUCAUCCUCUGAGAUCAGAAGCUCUCUGGCUGAUUUGCUCCCUGGAACGGCCUCUCGGCAAUCGAGUUCGCCUGCCGGGCCGUCCUCAGAAGCCACCAACGCUCAGACAAUUCAAUUUGAGGCAAACAGUGGCAUACCCCCGACUUAUGCUCGGAUGUUGGGCGAGGAUAUGUAA